GCGGGGCGGGGCUGCCGCGUGCGGACAAACGUACGCGCGCUGUGAGCUGUGGCGCGAGCGCAAUAGUCGCGUCGCACAGUUCCUGUCGUCAAGUUUUUCUGGAGACGGAGCACUUUAAUUGUUCCUCCAAGUACACAAACAUUGCGAAAUUGCGGCUAUUUUUAAUUUAUUGUCAUUAAUAGAGUUGGUCGUGAACAUGGGGUUUGAUUCGCUGAGGAAAAGAAGCUCGUUCUCGGUGUUCUGGUGAAGGCUGAGGCGCUGACGCGUCUCGUGUCCGCGCUGAGCGCCGCCUCAGGCUCCAUAGGGCUCAGAAGACGGACCUUUUCUUGCCCAUUUUCCUGUUUUGCCGUGAGAGGAGAUCGGCGGGGAGACACAGGGAGCUGCGUGUGGAAGAUGGAGGCGGUUAUGGAGAAGGAGUGCAGUGCGCUCGGAGCACUUUUCCACACCGUCAUCGGCGACAUGAAGAGCAGCUAUCCAGUAUGGGAGGACUUCAUCAGCAAGGCUGGAAAGCUGCAGUCUCAGCUCAGAGGUAUGGUGGCUGCAGCUGCUGCCUUCCUGGAUGCUUUCCAGAAAGUGGCAGACCUGGCCACCAGCACACGAGGGGGCACCAGAGACAUUGGCUCCGCGCUCACCAGGAUGUGCAUGCGUCACAGGAGCAUCGAGGCCCGGCUGCGGCAGCUGUCUUCGGUUUUUAUCGAUAGUUUGAUCAACCCCCUGCAAGAACAGAUGGAGGAGUGGAAGAAGGGGGUGAAUACUUUGGACAAGGACCAUGCAAAGGAUUACAAAAAAGCAAGACAGGAGAUCAAGAAGCGAUCCUUGGAUACACUGAAACUUCAGAAAAAGGCAAAGAAAGGAAAGGGGGACCUUCAGCCAAGACUGGAUAACGCCCUGCAGGACGUAAGUGACAAGUACAUACUGCUGGAGGAAACGGAAAAGCAGGCACUUCGGAGGGCACUCAUCGAGGAGAGAGGGCGCUUCUGCACCUUUGUGUCCAUGCUCCGGCCCGUCGUGGAUGAAGAAAUCUCAAUGCUGGGGGAGAUCACCCACCUGCAGACCAUUGCAGAUGACCUGAAGGCUUUGACUAUGGACCCUCAUAAGUUGCCACCAGCCAGUGAGCAGGUUAUCCUUGACUUGAAAGGCUCAGACUACAACUGGUCUUACCAGACGCCUCCAUCAUCUCCCAGCACAAAUGCAUCCCGGAAAUCCAGUAUGUGCAGCAGUAGCCUGAACAGUGUGCACAGCAGUGACUCGCGGUCCAGUGGUUCACGCUCACGUUCCCCCUCCUCACACUGCCGCUACCGCAGCUGCACGCUACCCCCGCAGCCCACCGGACGUCUGUCCAGUGUCUCCUCCCACGAUUCGGGCUUCAUCUCUCAGGAUGCUUUCCAGUCCAAAUCCCCCUCACCAAUGCCUCUUGAGAUCACAGCACAGUUGUCAAACGGAUGCAAUCAGUAUGGCCCCUUCAAUCCCCCACAACUGCCUGGGAUGGGCACUGUAAAGCCCUUGCUACAUUUCCCAGCGCAAUCCUGUUCCUCUUCCUGCUCCUCCUCCACCUCCUCAUUGGCAUGGUCUCGGCCUUGCCCCGCCCUACUCCCCGCCUACUCACCCUACUGCACGCUGGGGCCUGACAUGGUCCCCUCUUCCAAGGUCCCCACCUGGAAGGACUGGGCCAGGCCGGGGCCCUAUGACCAGCCUGUGGCGAACACGCUGAAGAAACGCAAGGAUCAUGACCAGGAAGCCAGAAACAACGUAUCUGUCCCCCAGAGCGAAGGCAUCAUAACCUCCAGGAAUGCUACAUGCAGUAACCCUAUCUCUAGCACCAAUAAACAGGUGGAAGACAUGGAGGCUCAUGAGGAGCUAGCCUUAGCCUUGGCCCAAGGAUUGCCUCUGGACCCACAGUGCUCCAGCCGGGACUCGCUGCAGGGCUCCAGCGGAUACAGCACCCAGAGUACCACGCCUUGCUGCUCUGAGGAUGCCAUCCAUACCCCGAGUUUGGUCACACCAGAGCCAGUUUCAGACUAUGAUUAUUUCUGUAUCAGAGGGGAUGAGGAACAUGACCAGCAGGACUUUGAGAAAUCAUCCACCGUCCCUCGUGGCAGCGACUUUGGUCACUUGUUCCACAGGGUUCUCCAAGCCCAGCGGCCAGCGUCCACGGCAAGUUCCGUCAUUGUCACUCCAGGCGUGGCCACAAUCCGCCGCACACCCUCUACCAAGCCCUCAGUGAGGAGGGUGCCUGGGGGAGGGGGACCUAUCCCCAUCAAGACAGCUGUUGUCCCAGUGAGGACACCCACAGUGCCCGACCUGCCAGGGGGCUAUGUCCUCGGAGUAGGGGGUGUGGUGCCACCAAAUCCAGAAUCCUUUGUCAAGAGCCCCCAGUGGGACGAACAGCUCUCUGAGGGCCCUGACACUCCACUGGAAGAGGGUGACUCUGUCCACACUAAUGGAGAGGACAUGCUGCUCACCAUUCGAAGGGGAGUCAGGCUGAAGAAGACAAUGACCAACGACAGGUCGGCACCACGCAUUGCAUGAAGCCAAAGCUAUGGCAAGAAGCUUGUAGAAUAGGUCAGUGAGGUUAUGUCUGUUCAAGUUAUUGACAGAGGAACAGGUCUUUUUUCCCUCCUGUUCUACAAAGAUCUGAAAUAAUGGUAUGUUGGGGUGUGGGACUAAAAUGUUUAAAUAUUUUCAUUAUAAAACAUUUAUAUGUAGCUUUUCAAGUGCCAAGUGUUUUGAAGCAAUUGAACAUAAUUAUACGCAAUGGAGUUAAAUUAUAUUCCUGAAUAGUGACUUCUGGACAAAAUUCACACCAAAGUGUGAAAGUCUUUCCGUAAACUUUUGUGUAUAUGAUUGCACCAGCACACACAGGCCAACACAGUUAAAUAGCACUCAGUAUUACAGGGAUUCAAUGCUGAGUAAACACAUCAGUCAAUAGUGAGCACUAUACUUCUAUAUGUGUGUAAACACUGUUUAAUACCUGCUUUUGGAAAUAGGUGCAUGCCUUGACUAAAAACUCAUUUUAGGUGGUAAUGAGGGAAUGUGAAGGAGCAUAAAGGUCAGCUUCAAAUAAGCAGAAAUGUCUCAAAAGAUAGUUUAUUUUGUCAUUUGGUUGCGAAGUUUAAAAAUGUUUUUAGUCACUGAAUGAUUUAUCACGCUGCAUGUUGUAAGCCUUACAUAUACUCCACGCUGUAAACUUUGGCUUGAAUGUUCAGCAUAAAAAAUAUUCUUGUAUUCAUUCUAAACAUGUAAUUUAUAAAUGUUAUUUAAAAUUUAAACAAAAGUACAUUUGGGUCUAGUUAGAGCACUGAAAUUGGCGUUGUCUAUCUGUAAAUAUAUAAGUACUGAACAGGAAACACAAAUGUGAUUUCUCUUGUUUGGUAUAUGACAUUUUUUUAAUACUCACCACAACAUAAUUGAACUCUCCAUGCACUGCAAAUCUGUUACAUGAAGUGAAAAAUAUGGUUUUCAUUAUUUACGUAUGAAGGAGGAAGCAUUUCCUUUUUUAUUGGAGAGACCUGGGAGAAUACUGAUUGUCUUUACUUAUUGUAGUAAGGGUUUUCCAGCCCUGGGUUUGGAGAACCUUAAUAUAACUGAUCUGAUUCGAGGGUCUAAUAGUCAUAGCCACUGUCGGUUCAGAAAAGAUAUGUAUUAGAAAGUAAUUGAAACGGUGGUCGUGUUACAUUGUCAGUUACUGUUGCCCACCACAGUAUAUUUAUUCUUUAAUAACCAGUCAUGCUAUAAUAUCAUAUAAGCAUUUGAAUGGGGUUCUCCAAAACUAGGGCUGGGCUCUGGAAGCUUUAGCAGAAAGGCUGAGCUGGAUCACCUACUUUAGACAUUUAGUUCAUUGUGACUGGGAACAAAACCAUCGCUUAAAUCUAAUGCCAGAAAUAUAGAAUAAAUUUCUCUACAGAUGUUGAAGCAUCUCACUUCCACAUAGCAUAGUAAUAUUUGUGUACUUAAGGAUGUGUCUCCUUGUUCUAUUUACAUAACACAAGACUCUCGAAACAAGUCAGUGGACAGAAGCUGUUGACAAAUUGCAUCACGCAGGCUCUGUUCGUACAGUGCUGGUCAGGACCACUGAUCCAAUACCUACUGAAAAGCAUCAGUGCAACUGUGUGGUCUGAUCCUCAGUCAUGCCUUGCACUCCUAGACAUGCUAGAUAUUUUAUUUGCAUCCAGUUAAAAUAUUGGCAAAUAUUAAGGCACGGAUUAUUUUCCUGUGCUAAGAACAGGGUUUUCUUAUGCUGUAUGACCAUAGACAAUAAAUCCUGUUCGUCGUGUUUAAUAAUAACCUUUACCAACCUCUACGCACCCUGGAAAAAGUCCUACAUUUGCCAAAACAACCCCAUUCUGCAUGUUCCUGUGGACACAGUAAUGCCUGAAAAUGGCUUUACAGGAACAAAUUCAUGUUCAUUAGGCACAUUAACCAUUAUUAGCAGAUAUUCAUGAAUCGAUAUAUUCAUACUUCAUUAAGUAGGGUAAUUGGAACAGUUACAUUCAUACUGACUGCAUGCCAUGCUGUCCAGGUUCAAUACAAAACUGUGGUGAGAUGCUGCUCCGCACAUCAGCACAAGUUCAUUUUAGAAAUAUUUUUUCUGAAAGAUUCAUUUUACCUCAGUGGCACAAUUACUGAGAUUUACUAUCUGAUAUCCUGUAAUAAAUGUAACCAUCUUUUUUGACAAAAAAACACAUCCUAGACAACUGAAUCAAUCGACACACUCAGUUAAAUGUGAAUUAAGUAUACAAGCUACUCAUAGACAAUAUGCUCAAGAAUAACUUGUUUUAAGAAUUUCCUACGCAAGCUUACUCUUUCCCUCUGAAAACUGGUGGAAAUGGGAAACCCAGGUGCAGCUUAAAAUCGGUUAGUCUUCCUGUAAAUCUGGAAGUAUCAAGUAGUUUAUAUGGUCUGAAUAUAAAUCGGAAAUUGUGUGGUUCCAGCCUGUCUUUGCAGAGUUGUUUAUAUAGCCUGUAAUAAAAUGCUGCUGCACAAAAGCACAUUUCUGCAGGUGCUUUUUUUUAUUUUACAAUUUUAUUAAUUUUUUCAUGACCACCAUAUCAAUACUUGAAAGCCUAGUGUUUUAUAUAUUGUGAAACAUACUGUCGUUCUUUAUCAGCUGUAGACCAUAAAGUCUAUGUUUUUUAUGUAAAAAUUGCUUCAGCUAAUAUUAAAGAAAAGUUAUCGGG